CCCUCUAUUGUUUCCUGGGCUUGUAGAGCUGAUGUCAUGUAGGAUUUUCUGGUAUGAGAGAGGCAGUCAGACAGCUUGUCUUUCUUAAAGCUUUUCUGAAUUCGUUUUUUUUCCGUUAUGAUCAACAGGAAGCCAGGUAUGCGCCGGUCGCUGUCGACGUCCAGCAGGGAUGAAAUUAUUCGCUGGUUUAAAGAGGAGCAGACCCUCAGAGUUUGUUUACAGCAAGGCGAGAGUCGAGUUGCCCCCUGGUUUCAUGGUAUUAUUACUCGUGAGGAGGCGGAGGAUUUGCUGAAGUCAGGCAGCGCUGGACGCUUCCUGGUCCGUGUUAGCGAGAGGAUCUUUGGAUAUGUUCUUUCUUACAGAACAUAGUCUAUGACUCCUGCAAGUUUGGGCAAAUUUCACUGUAUUGUUUAUUUUAUAUUAAUUGUUUUUUUUAUUCAUGUUUAAAAUUAAAUUUCUCAUGAUUUUCCCAUAAUGCCAAAACAGGUCCACUACCAUUUGAAAGAGUCUGUCCUAGGCUAUCACCUCUGCAAGUUUGGGCAUAUUUCAUGCUUAAAAUUAAAUUUCUCAUGAUUUUCCUCUAAUGCCAAAACAGGUCCAUGACCAUUUGAAAGAGUCUGUCCUAGACUAUGACUCCUGUAAGUUUGGGCAAAUUUCACUGUAUUGUUUAUUUUAUAUUAAUUUUUUAUUUUUUUUUACUCAUGCUUAAAAUUAAAUUUCUCAUGAUUUUCCCAUAAUGCCAAAACAGGUCGAUGACCAUUUGAAAGAGUACAACAUAGGCUAUCACCUCUGCA